UCUGUGAUAAACACCCUACAUCUUCUGCAAUUUCCUGUUUCAUAGCCUAAUUAUUAUCGAGAUGGUGAGAACAAUCACCAGCUUUUUCCUCGUGGCCAUGAUGCUAAGACUGGCCAUGGCUGCUAAUUAUACUGUUGGUGGUCCAAAUGGUGGAUGGGAUGCAACCACAAACCUGCAAGCUUGGGCAGCAUCAAAUAAUUUCCUAGUCGGAGAUAACCUCAUCUUCCAGUAUGGACUCAUGCAUGAUGUGAUUGAAGUUUCAAAGGCAGGCUAUGACUCCUGCCAGACAACGAGCCCACUACAGUCAUAUAGUGGGGGCAAAACAGUCAUCCCUCUUUCUUCUCCUGGCAAGAGAUACUUCACCUGUGCAACACCAGGACAUUGUGCCGGAGGUAUGAAGCUUGAAAUAGACACUCUUGCAACUUCUACCCUACCACCGGCCUCUCCCUUAACCCCGCCACCAGCCUCUCCCUUAACUCCACCACCAGCUUCACCAAGCCUUCCAUCACCUCCAACUACUUCGACUCUACCACCUGCUUCCACCGUCAUUCCUCCCGCUUCCUCUCCACCUCCUGAAAUUUAUGAUCUCUCACCAUCACAAUCACCAGAAAUGACUCCAACAAUGCCUCCUCCAGCGCUGCGUACCUCAACAAUGACCAGUGCUACAUCUCCUGCAAUUACCCCUUCUAUAGAUGGUUUUAUGAAAACACCUCUCCCAUCAUCAGCUAGCGAAGAAAGUUUGCAAAGCAGUCUCACAAUGGGCAUCAGCCUGGUUAUCAUGACGAUACUUCUUGCUAACUAA